ACAAAACAUACGUCAGAAUUUGUGAAUUUUUAAAAUGUCAGUUUUCAUUCUGUAUAAAAGAAAGAAAAAGAGUAGCAAAGUGUUAAUUUAGCAAAAACGAUGGCAUCAAUUUCGUUAUCGAUAUUAUUAUUCUCGAUUUUUUGGUUAAAUCUGGUUGAUUCAAUUAUAUUCUAUCAAGGUCAUACAACAGCUUGUGAUCAAUGUGAUCGUAUUUCAACAAAUUCUGUACGUAAUAUACUUUGUUGCACGAAAUUUAGCAAAUGUUGUUUACCAAAUAGCCUGGAUGAAUAUAAUGAACAAGUUAAAGCUGAAGAUGAUAUCUAUUAUGGCCGUCGUAGUAAAUCAAAUGCAAAUAAUAAUCGUCCAUCAUUAGCAUCACUUAUUAAUGAUGAAAUGAAUCGUAGAAUGAAAAAGAAAAAGAAACAAAGUAAUAACAAUAAUAGUCGAAAAAAUGAUAAAAAACGA